AUGUCUACGUCUUUCCAACGGCUAUCAUCACUUGAACCAUUCUACCGAUCGCGGCGUCAAAAUAUGAAGUCUCAUCAUCGUGUACCCAUCGGUCGAUCUUCUCUGAAUCAAUGCUACAUCCCUUCUCCAUCUCACACGCCCCACACAGACACCCUCUCAUCGGAACUUCGCGACACGACGUUCAUGUCUACCGGGACGGACGAUCUCCCAAAGACGUCUGGAUCCGGGUUGGGUUGCAUCAUGGCUACAGCAAGUCUCCCACACCAGGGUGAGAGGCCUGAAACGCCGACAGGAAGCUGCUUCACGGGUGACACACAAGUAGAAUCAGAAGAGAGUGAUAAAGGAGAUAAAGGACUUCUGAAGAUACCCAGCUGGCAUUUGUCUUCGCUCCUGAACAACGAUGGUCAAUCGAGUGACCGGGGAAGACCCCGACGCCGCAUGAAAGGAGAACGGCGUCCAGGUCGGGAAGUAGAGGUGGCCAAAGGCGUACUAGGCGUCCUUCAGCUCAGGAUGACUGAAGUGGUCAAACGGACGGACAUCCCCCUAUCCCGGACACAUGAUUCGAUUCAUCACUCUCGUGAUAGCGUCCCUUGCCGAAGCCAUAUCAUCUCCUCUACUGUACACGACCGUUCUCAUUCGGGACUGCGAGUCGAGGUGGUAGCUCCAAACAAUUAUCCCACGAAGAUCACGAAACUAUAUUGUUACGACGGGAAAGAUCUACAAAGUGGGACACAGGAGAAACAUUUCACACCGUCGAGACGGUUCAGUGUCCUACAUAGGUUUGACACGAGGUCCUCUCAGACAUCCUUUAUGAACGUGCCACCUCAACAAUCGAGCAACGCGCUCGGAACAUGGCCAAAAGCGUGCUCAAUGUGGUUCAUAGCCCAGACUGGCCAUCCUAUUGCUUCACACUCCCACUUCUCCUUUUUGUUUGGCAAUCCUUCCCACCCUCUUUUAAUAGACUUAUAG